GAGAAGAUGAUUCAUUGUGACAGACGCAGUAGGCAUCCACAAAUCCAUCCUGUAUGUAUGUGUAUAGACAGAGCUGACUCUAAUUUUAGAGAGAAUUUUUAGGGUCGGGAAAGCGGUAGAGCAAAACGAAAAGAGCAGAAAACGGAGCCUAUUAUUUUCUGACAACCACCCUAAAAUUUCUCACCUCUUCUGCUUCAAACAACAAUCAAUCGAUCCUUUCUAUUUCCUUUCAUUUUCAAGUUCCCUUAACGGGUCUGCUACUUUGAGUUACCCAUGGUUACAAUAAUAAUGUCUUCUCUGCCCACUACAACGACGACGAAAUGGUCUCCGACCUCCUUUCAGCUCCGAUUAGCGUUCACCACCCGAAAGUCUCCGCCGUCCGUGCCCUUUUUAAGGACCCGAAUACUGAAGCUUGAUCGCCGAGUUCGGAUGUUUUCAGUUUUUGCCGACGCUUCAGCAGCUAGGAACCAUAAUAAUAAGAAAGCCGAACGUGGUCGUUCUGGAGAUUCUUGGGCAGUUAAUCCGAAUUCAACCGCCGACGGCUUCGCUGGCUGGACCGAUGGUGAACAAUCACAAGACCCUCAUCCCAAGCACUCCCUUAAAGGAAUUGUGGGAGCAGGGGUGGCUGGGGUUGUUAUUGUGGCCGGUCUUACCUUCGCCGCAUUGUCCAUGGGCAAGCGAAACACUUCUGGAGUUAAACCACAGAUGGAGCCCCUAACAACAACCCAGCAAGAAGUGUCAUUGGCAUCUGAUAAUCACAAUGAUGACAAUGAAGAAGAUACAAAUGACAGCAAGAAUGAGACUGUAGAUGCUAGCAGUCAAGAAAGCAUGACAAGUGUAGACAAGAAUGUCUUUUCAAGUAGUGGAAAAACUGAAGUUACUGAAAACAAAGAUGGUUAUGAUACUAAUGUGGGUGAGCCAUCAAGUAAUGGUGCUUUUGCUAAUAAGAUGCCCGUUCAACCAGAUUUACAAAAUGAAUCAUCCAUUAAUGUUACAUCAGUUGCUUCUGAAGACUUGCCUAAUCCACCAGAGACCAAGAUCUCUGGUGGAUCUUUUGCCACCUUAGGUUCUGAAAGUGACAGUGUUAAUCCUGUGACUGAGAAACCAAAGCCACCCAGUGAACUUCAACCUGAAGGAGAAAAGUCAAUUACCAACUCUUCCGAGAAAGAAAUUGAAAAUUCAAACUCUUUGUCUGAAUUAUCUCAAGAUGGAUACACCACCUUAGGUGCCUCUCUGGAUUCACAACUUGAUGGAGUUUCAGAGACCAAGAUUAUGCAUGAUAUGGGUGGGGAAACUAGAAGUUCACCUGCAUACCAAGAUGUUGGCCUGGAAAAAACAAAGGAGAUUUCAGCUGGUGGAGAGAAGUCAUCUCUGGCAUUGCAUGAUGUGACUGUAACUGAAUCAUCCGCAGCAUUGAUUUCGGAUGUGUCCUAUCCUUUCUCCAAUGAACGACUUGGCAAUAUCUAUCAAAAUAAUACUGAAACCAAAUCAUCUAUCGAGUUGAAUGGUCUUGGAAUCACCUUUACUUCUGCUGGCAUACCUGCUCCAAUAGUUGUCUCAACAUCUCUGAAGGAAGCUCCUGGGAAAGUUUUGGUUCCUGCUGCUGUUGAUCAAGUUCAAGGUCAGGCAUUAGCUGCAUUGCAAGCUUUAAAGGUUAUUGAGGCUGAUGUUCAACCAGGAGAUCUUUGUACUCGUCGAGAAUAUGCUCGAUGGUUGCUUUCAGCCAGCAGUGCCUUGUCCAGGAGUACAGUUUCAAAGGUCUACCCUGCAAUGUAUAUAGAAAAUGUCACAGAACUUGCAUUUGAUGACAUUACAGCUGAAGACCCAGAUUUUCAAUCUAUUCAAGGUUUGGCAGAAGCUGGUCUAAUUUCCAGUAAGCUUUCAAGACGUGACAUGCAGUCUUCUCUAGAUGAUGAUCCUCAACCUAUCUUUUUCUCUCCUGAAAGCCCUUUGACGCGUCAGGAUCUUGUAAGUUGGAGGAUGGCCCUAGAGAAGAAACAGCUUCCGGUGGUUGACAAAAAGACUGUACAGCAACUUUCAGGUUUCAUAGAUAUUGACAAGAUCAAUCCAGAUGCUUGGCCUGCAGUUGUGGCUGACUUGGCAGCUGGAGAACACGGGAUCAUGGCCCUUUCUUUUGGAUAUACAAGACUGUUCCAGCCAGAUAAACCUGUGACAAAAGCUCAAGCUGCUAUUGCUCUUGCAACUGGGGAGGCUUCUGAUAUUGUUAGUGAGGAACUUGCACGUAUUGAAGCUGAGUCUAUGGCAGAAAAAGUUGUUGCUGCACAGAAUGCUCUAGUAGCUCAAGUAGAGCAAGAUAUCAAUGCUACUUAUGAGAAGGAGCUUCAACAGGAAAGGGAAAGGAGUGGUGCUGUAGAGAAAUUGGCAGUGGCAGCAAAGCAAGAACUGGAGAAGUUAAGAGCUGAGCGAGAAGAAGAAACUCUUGGAUUGAUGAAGGAACGAGCUGCAGUUGACUCAGAAAUGGAAAUUCUUUCCAGGUUGAGACGGGAAGUGGAGGAGCAGUUGCAGUCACUCCUGAGUAACAAGGUGGAAAUUACAUAUGAAAAGGAAAGGCUCAGCAAGCUUCGUACAGAUGCAGAAACUGAGAACCAAGAGAUUGCACGACUGCAGUAUGAGCUGGAGGUUGAGCGGAAAGCAUUGUCCAUGGCCAGAGCAUGGGCUGAAGAUGAGGCCAGAAGAGCAAGAGAGCAGGCAAAAUCCUUGGAAGAGGCUAGGGAACGUUGGGAGAGGCAAGGCAUCAAAGUGGUGGUUGAUGAUGACCUCCGUGAAGAAGCAGAUGUAGGAGUUACUUGGGUGGCUGCUGGAAAGGAAUCCUCCCUCGAAGGAACUAUUGAUAGGGCAGAGAACUUGGUGGAUAGACUGAAGGCUAUGGCAGAUGUUGUAAGAGGGAAAUCUAGGUAUACAAUUGAAAAAAUUAUCCAGGUGGUGAUCUCCAUGAUAGACAGUUUGAAGGAGGUAAUCGUUAAAGGUGGCAGGCAGGCAGGAGAGCUAAAAGAUAUUGCAGUUUCGAAGUUUGGCAGCUCAUUACAAGAGGCCCAACAGGGUUCAGUGCAAUUUACCUCGGCUGUAAAGGAAGGAAUCAAGCGGGUUGCGGGAGAGUGCAAGGAUGGGGUUGAGAAAAUCACUCAGAAGUUCAAGACAUGAAUGCUGCCUUCCCUUAGGAUGCCUGCUUCUAUGCUGUUUAACAAUAGCAGUACAGGUGAUGUGAUGCGGUACUGCUGCUGUGCUUCGAGUGCCGAGCGCAUUGGCCAUCUGACCAAAAUUGAGGAAAAGAAAAAGCUACAGGGUAGGUGAUGGAAUCUUCGGGGGUUUGUUAUCGAGGAUUUACGUGCCCCUUGUGAGCCUUAGGUAACCAAAUAAGCACGAAAGGCGGGUUGAGGGGCGACAGUGCCUUCUUUUUUAAAAAAGAAAGGCAUAACAGAGUACCUCUAUUUACUGUAGAAUUGUACGCUCCAUUGUUCCCCUAUAACAGAUAAGACGGAAAAUAAGAGAUCAUUUUUGAUGGAU